GCGAGGAGGAUCAGAAGAGGAAGAAGAGGAGGAGGAGGAGGAGGGAGGCCAGGCUGCUUUUGCCCCUCAGGGGCUUCUGCGGCCACCCAGCUCUUCUUCCGACCGGAGGGGCUGCCGGAUGGCAGGAAGGGUCCAGGAAGGCAGCAGGAUGAUGGAGGAUUGCCAGCCCCCAGCAUCCACCAAAGCAGGAAGUGCAGAAGAGGAAGAGGAAUUGCCUGGCUGUGAGAUGGAGGAAGGUGUGGAGCCCUGGGAGCCUGCUGGGAAGAGAGAAGUGACCAUCUCAGGGCCACCUGCUCCAGGUGGUGAAGAGGAUGCUGACUGGACGACCUCCCUUCCUCCUCCUCUUCUUCAGGGCCCUUCGGAGCCACCCAGGGCCUGGCGAGGUCUGUGCACCUGGCAGUGCUGGCGCCAGCAGGUUUUGGAGCACCUCAAAGAGGAGCAGGUGGCUGAGAGCCACUUGCGGAUCGCUCAGGUGACGUUUGAGGACGUGGCUGUCUAUUUCUCGCCGCAGGAGUGGACAGAGCUGACUGCUUGGCAGAAGGGCCUCUACUGGGAAGUGAUGAAGGGAAACCACGAACUCGUGGCCUCACUGGUGCCAACCCAGGGGCUCAAAUCAGAUGUCCUGCAACGGAUAGAACGAGGAGAGGCCCCUCCUUCUGAGAAACCUCCGGAAGAGAAGUUGGAAGAGACAGCUGCUGCCCUCAACUCUGCUUCUGGGGCCAAUUCACCAGUGGAGGCAAGAAGGAAACCAGGAGUUGAGCGGCUCUGUAGCAAGAUUCAGCCAGAGAAAAGAGGAAGAGAAGCCCUGGGAACCCCCAGUCCUGCAGAGGCCCAGCCCUGCAUCAAACUGGAAGAGAAGCCAGGGGCUGAUCACACGCACGACUGCAGGGACUGUGGCCUGAGCUUCUCCCAGCGGGAAGCCCUCAUCUCCCAUGUCCUCCGCAUCCACUUUGGAGAGCAAGCCCUGCCCUUCCUGCAGUGUGAGAAAUCCUUUGGGGGUCCCAGCAGCCUUGUGGCCCACCAGAAUGCUCAUCAUCCGGAGCAGGCCUUCACCUGCAUUGAUUGCCAGAGCCGCUUUGUCUACAAGAAGGAGGAGGCUGGCCAGAUCCAGGCGCAGCUGGCCCUGGGGAAACUCUUCAAGUGCUUCAACUGCAGGUGCAAGAUGGCCCUUGCUGUGGACCAGAAGCCAGACCUGCUGCUAGAUGGGACAGUCACCUUUGGGCAGCCGGAUGCCCUGUACUACAGCCGUCAGAAGGCCAUGGAGCAGGUCCGCCAGCGGGCAGCUCACUGGACCAUUUCGGAGACCAAAGCCUUCGUGGAGCUCUGGGGGGAUGACCGCGUCCAGACUGCCCUUUAUGACAACUACCGGAAUGAGGUGCAGUACAAGCGCCUGUCGGAUAAGAUGCGGAAAAUGGGCUUCCACCGUAACCUGGAGCAGUGCCGGCAGCGAGCCAAAGACCUGAGGCGUGGCUUCAAGGAGAUCAAGGAUGGCAACCUCCAUUCCAACCGAGCCCGCCAGACCAUGCCCUUUUUCGCCCUCCUGGACCGGUUCCUGAUGAUGAGCCGGGGCCUGGUCAUCCCUAAGGCGUGUGUCAACAGGGCCAAGCAGAAGGGGCGGAAGAGCAGAGGCCGGAGGGAGGAAUCCCCUGCCCAGCAGCCCUUCAUGCUCCCACUACCUCCCAAGGGGAUCGGUUUGCACCAGCUGCGUUGCCCGGAUGGGAGGCCCUACAUGGAUGCGCUGGGGCUCCCCAGUUACCCAAUGCAGAAGCACAUCCAAAACCAUCACAGCCAGGCUGUGGGCCUUCCUGACUAUCAGCUGCAACUGCCUGAUCUGGACUCUUCUAUCCAUGAGAUGGAGAUUCCCGGCUAUCAGCUGCAAAGGCAGGACGAAGAUCCCCCCACUCAUCACGCCUUGGGGAUGGCCGACUUCCCCUUGCGGCUCCAAGACCAGGAUUCCUCACUCAGUGUUGAAUCCUGCCAGGUCCCCAGUCACAGCCAGCACCAGGAUAUAGCACUAACCCCCAUCAAUGGCCUGACAGCCAGCAGCAACCUCUGGAUGGAAAUCACCGGUGCCACCCCUGCAGAGCGGUUCACCAAUGCAGCAGCCCAGGGCAGCCUGCAAACUUGGCAUCCAGGGAAGGCCCCAAGUUCAUCGGCAAAACGGAUGCGUGAUCUCCGACUGCGCCGCAGAAGGCAGCGUGCCGCCAUGGCACGUGUCUUGCUGGGGGCUAACUACCGCCCAAAUGACCGGACAGUUUGGAGCAAGACACAAAAAACGGACUGGUGGGACAACCUGGUUGCCGGUCGGCUUGACAGCAGGGAAUGGAUCCGCUGUUUCCGCAUGUCCCGCGAGGCCGUGCUAGAUCUGGUGGAGAAGCUGCGCCCAGUGCUGCAGCGCGAGGACACCAACAUGCGCGCUGCUAUCCCUGUGGACAAACGUGUUGCACUCACCCUCUGGAAGCUUGCCACCUCGGACAGCUACCGCUCAGUUGCCAACCAAUUUGGUGUCGGUGUGUCGACUGCCUCGGUCAUUGUCAUGGAAGUGUGUGAAGCCAUUCACGAUGUGCUGCUGAAGCACGUUGUCCAGCUUGGUGACGCACAUGCUGUCAUGGGUGGCUUUGAGAGGGUCGGCUUCCCAAACUGCAUUGGAGUGGUGGACGAAACCCACAUUCCCAUCCUGUGCUCCCCACAUGGUGCUUCUGCCUACAUCAAUGGGAAGGGCUUGGUCUCCAUGGUUCUGCAGGCCCUGGUGGACAGUGCAGGGCGGUUCAUGGAUGUGUACGCCGGGUGGUCCGGGGGGUUGCAGGAUUCUGGGCUGCCAUGGGGCUCCCCUCUCUUUGAGCGAAUGGAGAAAGGCACCUUUGGUCCCCAGACCACCACUGAGAUAGAAGGGGUCACCAUGAGCCCCAUCUUGCUGGGGGGUCCCGCUUGCCCCCUGAGGCCAUGGCUCAUGAAGCCCUACGCCAAUGUCUCCAGUGGGGCUCGAGAACACUUCAAUGCACUCCUGAGGAAGUGCCACACGGCCGUGACCUACGCCUUUGAAAGGCUGAAGGGACGCUGGCGGUGUCUCCUCAAGCGGCUGGAUGUGGCAGAGAAGAAUGUCCCUCUGGUCAUCAUCGCUUGCUGCAUCCUCCACAAUAUUUGCGAGAGCAGACAUGAGGCCAUGCAGGACGGCUGGGAGGAAGGGAUGGACUACGCCGAUCUGCCCUCCGCGGCCUCAGAGAGCCACACGGGCAACUUCUCCGACGCGGAAGAGACGGGCGAGGCCCACAAUGUCCGGGAGGCCUACUGUGCCUUCUUUGAGAAGAGGCAGCAGCGAGAGGAAGAGCUGUGACAGGGAGGGAGGGAGGGGGCUGUGUGUGUGUUUGUAUGUGAGUGUAUUUGUGUGUGAGUGAGAUAACACACCUUUUCCCACCCAACACUGAUGUCACUAAGGAGCGGGAGGGAUGGGUAGGGGAGAGGGCUAACUCAGGUUGCAAUCCCUUUCUGUGGCGUUGCUACUUCACACGGAAAAAGGACAGCAUCCACACCUCAGUGAAGUACACCUUUCUAACCGGUUGCACUGUUUGACCUUUUAUAUAAACCUUUUAUAAAAUGUGCAUAGUUUGGAAGUAGCACGUUUUCAUUCCGAACCUCAAUAAAUCCUUUUCUUCUUGAAA